AGGACCGCGCGAUGUGGCAGCGAUCUGCGUGCGUGGGCCUGCUGGCCCUGGCGCUGGGCUACCUUUGCCUACUUGGUCCCCGGCCGCCCCCCUCCAUCCUACAGCACCUCUCCUCCUCUCUGCUGGGCGGGCUGAGCCGCGCCGGCUCCCUGGAGAGCCGCAUGGUAGCGGCCUGGCAGGCGGCCAUCGUCCGCCCGGCGCGGGGCUGGGGGCGCGUCGCCGUCGGCGUCAAUGCCUGCGUCGACGUGGUUCUGUCCGGCGUGAAGUUGUUGGAGGCACUUGGUCUUAAACCCGGGUUGGGAAAGAAUCAUGACGUCCUGAACUCCAGACAGGACCUGAGAGAAGCAUUCACUCACUUCAUGGAGAAAGGAGCGGCUGCCGAACGCUUCUUCAGCGACGCAGAGUCCUUCCAUCACAUAGCACAGACUGCCUCGCAGCACCCUGGGGCACAGCUUUACGUUGGAGGCAAUGCUGCUCUCAUUGGUCAGAAGCUUGCAGCAAAUCCAGACCUGAAGAUCCUCCUUUGCGGCCCAGUUGGUCCCAAGCUCCAUGAGCUACUAGAUGACAACGUGGUUGUGCCACCUGAAUCCAUGCAAGAAAGAGAUGAGUUCCAUCUUAUCCUGGAGUAUCAAGCAGGUGAAGAGUGGGGACAAGUGAAGGCACCCAACGCCAACCGCUUUAUCUUCUCCCAUGACCUCUCAAAUGGGGCCCUCAACAUGCUGGAAGUGUUCGUGUCCAGCUUGGAGGAGUUUCAGCCUGAUCUCGUGGUACUUUCAGGACUGCACAUGAUGGAAGGCCAGAGCAAGGAGGUGCGGCACAGACGUCUUAUGGAGGCGGUAGCCUCCAUCUCUGACAUUCCUACUGACAUUCCUAUACACCUGGAGCUGGCCAGUAUGACUGAUCAGGACUUUAUGAGCAACAUUGUGCAUCAGCAGGUCUUUCCCCUGGUGAACUCCAUCGGUCUGAACGAGCAGGAGCUGCUCUUCCUCACACAGUCAGCCUCUGGUCCCCACGCCUCCCUGGCUUCCUGGAACGGCGUCCCCGACGUGGGUGCCGUCAGCGACAUCCUCUUCUGGAUCCUGAAGGAGCACGGGAAGACUGCGGACCGGGCCUCGGAUCUCACACGGAUCCACUUCCACACGCUGGCCUACCACAUCCUCGCCACAGUGGACGGGCACUGGGGCAACCAGGUGGCUGCCGUGGCUGCCGGCGCCAGAGCGGCAGGGGCGCAGGCCUGCGCGACAGAAACCAUCGAUACUAGCAGAGUCUUUCUUAAAGCUCCUCUGGAGUUUGUCACCUCCCAGAUAGAGGCUCCUUCCAAAAUAUCCUUAAAUCCAGACGAGCCAGUGGUGCAUUGGCACAGAGAAGGCAUCUCCUUCCAUUUCACGCCUGUUCUGGUGUGCAAAGAUCCCGUGCGGACCGUGGGACUCGGGGAUGCUAUCUCAGCUGAAGGACUGCUAUAUUCAGAAAUAAAUCUUCAGUAGAAGACCGAGGUCCCCUUUGUCUCCAGUACUGUACGGUGUCUGAGGAACCGUGCUGUUAUCACUAGGAUUUCAGCCGGCGCUGAUAUAGGAACAGAGUCAGGGUGCGGUGUGUUUUCUGGGUAUAACAGAAGAGCCAAAGAACAAUUCCAGGUGUAAACCGUCAGAUACAUUCCAGUCGCUUUGCAGUGACUAGAACACCUCACGUUUAAGUGCAGAGGUUUUCAUAUUUAAUGUGAAAAUUGGCUUUUCUUUGUCUUAAGUAUUUGGGGGGGGACACAAUCAAAAUCCACAUUUGGAGGAGGUCUGCUCUUUGUAACUGCACGUGGGUUUGUCUGCUAGUGCUGGAAAAUGUGGCAGCCCUGAGAGCUUCCUCCCCAUGGAUCCCAGGGAGAGCACAGUGCUGCUCAGCCCUGUCUUGCUUAUGAUAAAGUAAAAAUAGAAAACUCCUGCAUUAUCUCCUCCCAGCACAUGGCUAGGUGGCAGGAGCAAACCUUCCGCUCGCUCCAUGUGCUGAUGAAAUCUGUUCCUGCCAAAAUUACCUCUCAACCUCAGUGCCCCUGCGGCGGAGGGAGCCAGAGCCCGAAAAUGUGAUGCACGCUGUACCUGCUCCUUCAGUGCACAGGUGGGCUCAAGGCAGUUUAAAUUAUUUUGGGUAUCUGUUCUUUCUGUGACUGACAGGAUUCGACUCGUUGCCUGCAGUUAGUCUUGGGGCAACUGAAAGUGAAGAUAUUCAGGGUUUAUAUUUGGGGAGACAGCUUUAUUUUUUUGUCGGGUAAACAACAAAACGUUACCUGUGUCUGCUACGUGCUGAACCCCAAGAGCACAGCCACAGGGGCUCGCUGCUUGCUCCCUUUGCUAACAGCUGCUUAUGUGGGGUGCUGUACAGCUUACAGCAACCUGUUGAGUGCUGGAGACUAAUUUUUUGUUGGGAACUCCUGAGCAGUUUUCUACAGUUUUGCUGCCUUCUGUUCAGAUGGAUUUAUUAGGGAAGGGCCCUCAGAAGCUCUAAGUGUUUAGCAGGGAAGGCUGAUGGGAGCUUUUUUUCCUUUGAUGAGGUCACUGUCUUUGCUCUGGACAGCCUUUUAAAUUAAAAAAAAAAAAAAUUAAAAUAGAGCUGUGUCUUAUCAGUCGAAUUGAAUAGUGUCAUGGCCUUGCUAGUUUAGAAACCUUGUUUAAUCUGUGUAUUGUUUAAUACGUUAUUUAUAUUUUUUACCUUUUGCUAACAGCCCAUCACUGAUUGCACAGCAUCAGUAUUCUUUCUGUCUCUUUUCCAGCAUAGCUUUGUCUCUGCCACUUCCAGUUCCUAUUUCCAUAGCUAUCAUACGGAUAUUUUCAGUGUGACAGUUAAAUGUGUCUGUGCAAACCUGUGCUGUACCAGGAUCGUAGGUCAUCCGAGCAGCAGGAGGAGAGUCAGGAUCACCGAGGCUGGAGCGACCUGUUUCAGCAAGGCUGCUGUAUGGCAUUUAGUGACGUCCUCCUGGUGGAAAACACCAUUGUGAAUGCUCUGUAAGGACAAAGAUUGACAGCUGUUUGAACUUUUAUGGACACCAUGCAAAAUGUUAUCUGUCAGCAUGUAUUUAACUGCUCCUCUCCCUCUGAGCAAAGUCGUCUGUGAGACGAGAGAAACGGUCAGUGCUGUGUUUUCCCACUGCGUGUCCCACGCUGGCCUCCCGCUGACUCUCAGUGUGUAUCUCAGUGCAGGAUCUCCUCAAGACUGGACGCCUUUCUCUUCAGUGUCUUUUUAAAAGUUAUUAUUUAUAAACUGUAGCGCGGGACUCGAAGUUCUGGUUUAGUCUUCCUACAGGAAAAAAAAAUAACAAAUAAAAAACGUCUCCUGA